CCUGCAGCUCAGUGAGCAGCUUAACAGAGAGAGACACCUUUUCAGCCUGAUGAUGAGGACGCAUACAUGUAUUACGGCAUUUGUGGACAUAAAUGCUAUCUGUGGAUAAAACAAGAGCUUAUGAGGAACUACAAAUGAUAACAGAAGGUUACACGCCGAGCAGCAACCUCUGCACAGAAUGACACCAUGUCUCUUGGGCAAAAGUUCAGGCAGAUGCAAGGGAGGCUGGUGUGCAUCAGCAGUGAAGAGUUUGUCGUCGAUUUAUGCCCUCAAGCCCCUGAUUCCCACCUUCUGCAUUGGGAUCGUGGUGAUAUAUGACCUGGCUGACAGACUCAGAAACUUUGUAGCUGGCAUCUUCAUCCCACAGUACCACUACCCAUAUGCUGUGGCGCUCUGUUUUGCCCAGGUUCUGGUCUCUCUCUUAUUUUUAAAUGUCCUCCAUGUGCUGGGUGUGGUGCCUCUCAGACACUACUCCAGGUGUCUGGGGGAGAGGCUGCUGCUUCCUUCUGUCUGUAACAGUGUUCAAGGUGUGCUGGUCAUGUGGGCCAGAGCCAGAAGCACGACCACGGGCCUCUUCCUCUACACCGUGCCUCUCCUCCCCCUGGUAACUGUGUGCUUCAGUUUUGCCCUGAAGCUCGCACCCCCUCCAUCCAAGUACUCCUCUUAUCUGAUUUCCUUCCUGAGUGGGAUGUUUAUCAUCAUCACAGUCUCCAAGGAUCUCCCAAGUAUUGAACCUUUGGAGUACUUGUAUGCUCCUCUGGCUUUAAUUCUCCACAGUCUCUCCCUGGUUGUCAUGGCUACAGUGUCUGAGGCUGAGCGCCACCACCCUCCUGAUGCCCAGGCCUCUGUGUUUGACAUCUACCAUGUGCAGCUAGUCAACCAGAGUUGGGUGCUGGGUCUCCUGUGGGUGCUGCAUCCUGAAAGUCCUUGGCACGUGUUGAGACGGAGCAGCUGGCGCACCCUGCUCUUCCACGGGUAUCUGCUCGCUCUCCUCCUGCUGGGGAUGCUGCUCAACUUCCUGAUUGGCAUUUCUGCUCUUUGUAUUUCUCCACUGGCUGGUGCGCUGCUUUACUCGGCGAGGCAGAUGAUACAGCCAUUUUACCAGCUUCUGUAGUUUCACUGCCUUGUAAAAGCUUUUGAAAUGUGACACACAAGUUGGAGAUUGUUGCAAAGUUAAAUGCCCAGGGUUUGAGGACUCUGCUCCGUUGAUGCACAGAACUUUGGGAUGAAAAAUUAGAAAUGGAUUCCAGCCAGGUUUCUGCAGUUUCAGCUCAAGAGGGGGUCUAUGGAAAAAAAAACGUUAAAAAUGCAUGUCUGGCAAUAGGCAAAACAAACAAACAAACAAACUCUAUUUGAACUCAUAACUGUUUGUUCAGACCAGAGUGACUCUUAUAUCCCCUUAAUACCUGAUGUAUCAUUUUUGACACAUACAUUUCUGAGACGUUUGCACCACCCCUGUAAUCAAAUAAAUAUUUAAAAAAAAUAGCUUUAUACGAUUAAAAAAGAAAAAAUAUAUGGAAAAUAAAAUAAAAUUAUCCAAUUUAUUCUUGGAGAUGAAAAGAAAAUGAAUUAGGAAACUGUUAGAGAAAAUUUGGGAUUUUUUUAAAUUUCAAUAAACACUUAAAGUUUCUAUGUAUGUCAGGAAUUAAAGGGAUAGUAGAUCAAAUGUCAACAUGUUUGCCACUCUAAAUAACUAUAGAUCAAACAGGAAAGUCCUGUCAUUGCAAAUGUUCCGUAAAGCUGAAAGCAAACUGUGAACAAAAAUUUUGCACCUUUAACAGGUGAAUGCACGUAACUGCCUGAAAGUCCCCAGAAUACUGGAGGGGGUUAAUGAUGGCUCCAACAUACACACUAACAUGUUACAAGCUUCUGUUUGAAGUUAUUUACUUUCUGCAAGAACCUCAAUGACUUCUAAUUCCUUUAUGAAAAAAAGCAGGUAUUCUAAAAGCUGAAGGUGACUUUAUCAAGCAGUAAUAUGUAUAAAAAACAAAAAAAAAGAAAAGGUUUGAUAAUUGUGUCUAUUUUUUGUUUUGCAUUGUUUUUUGAGUUUUAAAAGUGAGCGAGUGUUCAUUCAGCAGACACAGACUGAAACAUUCUCAUAAUUACCAGUAUUUAAAGGGAUUGAACUUGCACUUUCCUCCUUUACUGAGCAAAUUUGAACCAGACUGCCAUGAAACUUUUACUUUAAUGAUUGAUUAAACUUUUCAGAUGGGAUAAUGAGGAACAGGCUGUCAGCACUGGACUUGAACUCACUUUACACAUUUACCCAUCAGUGUUAGAUAAAAAAAGAAUAUUUAAGCUCAUAUCUUUCACUGAAUUAAAUUUUAACCAGAGGCUGACCCUGGAAUGACUCUGGUGAGUCAGAUGUCAGAUGAAAGGAGGUCAUGAUGAGAAAAUGGUUAAACAGUUGCUCUUGCGAGGCUGUUGUUUUCUCCGAGUUAAGCUUUCAAAUCAUAAUGCUCUCAUCAUUUACAAAUAACCUUUAUGCUUUUGUAACUUUUGGAAAAUCAACACAUGUAUCACAUUUUUCAAAGAAGUUGUUUUUUUUUACCAUUGCAUGUGACUUGUAAAAUAAUUUGCAUAAAAAAUGUUGUAAGAAAGGUAACCUGUGCAUAUUUAAUACGUUACA